AUGAGGGGUCCGAUGAACCCGAUGAGAUCCACCGUAAGCCCGGUCCACAUGCGACCUUCCAGUGGUGCACACAUAGGUUUGCCUACGGGCAUGCCUCAGCCUGGGGUUAACGUAAUUGGAGGCACUUUUCCUGUAUCUAUGGGCUAUUCUCCUAGCCAUUCACCAAUACGGAGGCCUCGUUCUAUGUUUAAAAGUGAUUAUUGCUCUACUCGGAAAUUCCUCUUUUUCUUCAUUUCUCUCGCCGUUGAUUGUAUCGACAUAGGAGCCAAUUGGUGGAUCUACCAAGAGAUCAGGGACUACAAAUCCGGCCUUGUCUUUGGAAGCUUUAGUCCAAGCAUUAUCUUAGCACUAUAUAUUUUUUCCAUCUUGGGGACGAUCCUUUCAAUCCUGGAGACACUCAAUCUCCUCUCGUUCUCCUGCAAAUGGUAUUAUAUUAACCCAGACAUCGCCUUAGCCAUUUCACUUUGGUUGGAAGACAUUCCUCAGCUGGGCAUCAACGUUAAUCUCGUCUAUUGUCGAGAGAGGCCGAUCACGAAAGCUCAAUACACAAGGGCCAUAACCGGAAUUAUUGUUGUCGUCUACAAGAUGCUUGUGGGCCUAUCGCGUCACUGUGCAUGUUGUGGAAAGAAGUUCUUGAAAUACACCCAGACGGAUAUCAACGAAAGAUGUGCCUGGCGUAGUCGUUUCAUCUCGAGCAUGAUGGUUAUAGGCUUUGCCGUUGCUUUAGCCGAGGCGUCCCACGUCUUUAAAUACACCAAAUACCAUAUAAACCAGAAAGAGCUCCAGAUGAAUGUCCCAAAACAAAUUAUGGAUGGAGGUUGGGAUGUUAAUCGUUACUUUAACAAUGUUAGCGUUUAUUUCAGCCCUCCUCCUAUCCAUCACCACAGCAAAAUGGCCACCCAACCCCAUUCGGAAUGGGUAAGAAUGACAAGUAUCUACGAAAUAAUGAGCUCAAAGGUUGUUACUUUUGACUAUUCUUACACAGAAGCCACUAAUGACCGACCGGCUAUCGUCGCCUUCAAACGUGGAUUCCGCUCUGAAUGCUACAUCGUUGAACCGUACGAGAUGCGUUUUAACUGGUCAGACACGUGUUUAGAUCUAACCAAUACGACCAUUUACAGCAUUCAUUUUACCUUUAAGUACUACCUGGACCGUUACAUGACGAUGGGAACCAUUCUCUACAACUACGCGUUCUGCGAGGCUCGGGGUUUCGGCGCACGCAAAAUGGAAGCUCGCAGACAUCACCGCCUGAUACCGCUGUACUUCCAAAGCUAUGUUAGAAGUAAAUGGUCGGCAUUUUUAGCUUCUCGGAAGUCCCGUGUCCCCCAGUGGUCCUAUUACAACAGAUUACAACAUUCCUUGCAAAUGGUUAGCAACGUAUGGAACACUGGUUUCCAUCAAUGUCCACCGACCGGUCAUCUCGUCCCCAUAUAUGACCAUUCACUUAGGGUUAAUUGCACUGAGAUAUUAUAA